ACUCGCCCCACCACGCUCCUCACCGCUCGAUCGCGUGUCUGUCUUCAAAACUGCCUUUCAUGGCCGACCUGCAACACGCCAACCUCUCAAGCGUCUAUCUGACAAUAUCGAUAUGGGUGCAAAUCUCGCCUUUGAUCCCUUUCGCAAGGCCCGGGACGACGAGCCUGUGAAAUUGCUCUGGCGAGAGCGUCUUGAGCAGAGAUGUAAAGAUCGCGUUGCGAACGACCGACGCAAGUCUCGAGAUCGAGAGAGAGGCCUGGAUACAGCAGCUGAUCAGGAUAUGGAAGAGAGCGAGAUAGACUUCCUGGAUGAUGAGCUUAUUCGCCGCGCUGUUGUCGCAGAUGCGCGUCGAAAACAACGUGAUCUGGAGCUGGUUUACGCUCGAGACGUUGGCUCGUCUAUCGACCCAGAUAUGGAAGAUGUGGAUGCUCUCGAGCGUGAGAUUCUCGCUGCAGCACAAGAGCCAGAUUCGGAACCUUCACCACCGUCGUCAGUUCUCAUGGACGAUGACGGUGAUCCCGGUGACUUAUUUGACGCGUACCUCGCUCAGCUCACCGAAGAAGAGAGGACUAGUUCCCUUCCACCAUCCUCUCCUCCAACAAUUCCGUCAUCUCCCCCACCGUUAUCCGAUGACUUUGAUAUGGAUGACUGGGAUACGGAGUUUGCUUUAGAUGAUUAGACGCCG